UAAGUUUGCCCAUCAAUGCUUUCAAUUUCUUCACUAGUUCUCUAGCUUGGCAGAUAUUCCCAAUCUUUCAUCGCUGUUUUUGCCCUCUGCAAGAAUUACUGGAUACAACAAGGCUCAUUAGAAUGAUUUUUAGCAAGAGCUACGCUGGGGUAACAGCCGCAGAUCUCAAAGACCCAACUUUCAAGAAACCCUCUCGGACAGGGAGUUGGGAUCGAGUCAUAGUUUACGAUCCUGAAAGUGGCGAUUUAAGCAGACAUAGGAAAUCCACCGUAGACGAAGAUCAUGCAUACCAAAAAUUCGAAAUACCCAGAGGGAGGAGGGAAUUGUCGUUAUUUGUGGAUUCAGAGACGGAGACAAGGCUGAAAACAGACGCAGAGGAACAAAUUGGGAACUACCUGUUUUACGCGAAGUUGAGAUUCGAUAAGCUGGGGCCAGUUAAUCACCUCUUGGAAAUUUUUGGUGUCUUGUCUCUCAGAAACCUAUACGUCUCCGGUCUAUGCCGUACUGAAGAGUCAAAGGAUGAGGAACAAAAGCAUAGAUUCUAAUCCCACUUCCACUUCUCCUUACUGCCUGAACCUUUUCAUAAGCCAUUCUUUAUAGUUGUUGUAGUAGUCGCAUUUGAAUUUAUUGGUCGUUGUGAUCCGAGUCGGAAAACGGGUAACGUGAUUGUGAGAUAAGAUGUCUCCCUUGCGCAAGCUACGAGCAGGAUAUAACACAUUGUUCAAAAAAGGUGGGUUCUUCUCGUGUUCUACUGAUUGUCUCACAAUGACUAGUCCAAUUGA